CCUUCACCACCCCAACUACGUGAAGUUGUUAAGAACUUCACUCUGGGUUAUUUUGGACGUCAUUGAAGCUCAAACAACAAAAUAAUAGCAGAAAAAUUAAUUCUGGGUUAUUUUUGACAUCACUGAAGCUCAAACUACAAAAUAAUAGCAGGAAGACUUGACUCUGGGUUAUUUUUUACAUCACUGCAUCUCAAACAAUUAAAAUAAUAACAAUGGUUGAUGAAGUUGUGGAAGUGUUUAAGGAAGUGGCACAAAUAAGUGAUGUGAAGAAAGCCAAGAUACUUAAUGUAGCUCUCAAUGAACAAAGUGGUUGCCAGGAUGUUGCUGUUCAGGUCCUCUGGAGUUCCCGUAAUUUAACAUCGCUGGAACGAUCAUAUACAAGCACUGAUUAUCUUGUUCAAGGGGAAAAAGUAAUUUCCUUUCUUCCUGUUCCAGUAAAUAAGAAUGUAGAGCUUAGUCAGACAAGUGCAACAGGGAAGUGGACAGCCUUAGUAGUGACCUCAGAGAAGAACCAGGAGGAGCAGCAAGUGAUCGUGCUCAACCAAGACAGCUCCAUGAAAACAUUUGAUCUUAAAGCUUCAGAGAAACAUGGAAAAGUCUAUUCUGAUGGAGAGUUUGGUUGCUUGGAAUGGUCUCCAGAUGAGAAAAUGCUUGCAUAUGUUGCUGAGAAGAAACAGCCUAAGCCUACGAGCUUCAUGACGCUGCCUAAAAGCAGUGGUGAGAAGGAAGACAGUCGAGGUCAAGAGUUUACUUUUCGAGAUGAAUGGGGAGAACAGCUGGUUAGCAAACAUCAAAGUGUUGUUUGCAUUCUAAAUGUGCAGUCAGGAGAGAUAAAAUGCCAUGACUUAACGGAUCAGCUUUGUCCGGGUCAGCUUGUAUGGGCCCCAGGUGGCUCUGGAAUCUUUGGCGUGGCUUUUCUUGGUAAACCCUACAGGCUAGGGCUAAUAUACUGCCACAACAGAGAAUCCAAACUCUUUCAUAUGGAUUUGGAAGGAAGCUACAGUAUAAUUGAAGAGAGUGCCAACUUUAGAAGCCCUCGUGUAAGCCCAGACGGAUCAAGUAUCAUAUACCUGCGCUCAGAGGUGGGGGGACCUCAUGCUAAAUGUGCCCAGCUUUGCCUUCUCUCCUUGUCUGACAAGCAAAAACGUGUAGUUGUGGAUGUUGUUCAUAGAAGUCAAGCAAUUGAGGAAGGCUCCUGCUUCAAAGGAAUCUAUGGCUAUGCCGGGUUGCCACGAAGAUGCUGGUUGAAUGAUAGUCAGCGUGUUGUAUUUUCUACCAUGAAGUUUGACAAUAUCAUUUUAUAUGUUGUCAAUGUUGUGUCUGGCAUCAUUACAGAAUUGCCUCAUUUGGGAAGUGUUCAGGUCCUGGAUGUAUGUGAUGACUGGGUCUUAGUGGAUUUCUCCUAUAUCUCCCAGCCAAAUCAAAUCCUCUUGGGAUAUCUCCCACAGCAGGGACAAGAAAGGCAACUGCAACUAAAAGAGGUAACAUGUCGUCGUGAGAUUCCUGGAGUGCCCAACCACUACUAUUCACAGUGGACAUUCAUAAAUGACACUCCACAUCCUGAACUCAAGUACUCAGAUAUACCUGUUUCUGUCAUCUAUUAUGGCCCAACCUCUCUUGAGCAAGGCAAUGAAAAACGUCCAUUGAUUUGCUGGCCACAUGGAGGGCCUCACUCUGUUGUCACGAAUGUUUAUUCAAUGGCAGCAGCAUUUUUCGUGAAACUUGGCUUCUCUAUUGUUUUCCCUAACUAUCGAGGAUCUCUUGGUUUUGGAGAAGAUGGUGUAAAUUCUUUACCAGGCUAUUGUGGUGUGACUGAUGUAUCUGAUGUUCACAAGGCCACCCUGCAGUGCUUGCACAGGUUUUCUGAUGUUCUUGAUGAUACACAAGUGUUCCUGUUUGGUGGGUCCCAUGGAGGAUUUCUAGUGACUCAUCUGGCAGCUCAGUAUCCAGAGCUUUACAAGGCUGUAUCAGCCAGAAACCCUGUCACAGACAUUCCUGCAAUGGCUAACGUGACAGAUAUUCCUGACUGGACAUUCGUUGAGACUGGCUUUCCACACAAACAUGGAAAAGUGCCAGAUGGAGCAACACUUGGCAAAAUGCUUGAGAUGUCACCCAUCAGCCACAUUGAUUCCUUGAAGACUCCCGUCCUGUUUUUGGUUGGAAAGAACGAUGCUCGUGUUCCUCCUUCUCAAAGUUUCAACUUCUACAAGAUGUUGCUAGCUCGUGGUGUUCAGACAGAACUCCAUUUGUAUGAUGACUGUCAUCCUCUAAGCAAAGUGGACACAGAAGUGGAUUCACUUAUCCACACUGCCUUAUGGUUUUGGAAGCACAAGCAUACAGUUUGUUAAUGACCAGCAGUUCUGAAUGAUACAGAUGUAACACUGUGAAUAUUAGUGUUUUAAUAGUGAAGGGACAAAGAGUAAUUAAAUUGUUUUUAUAUAGAAUUAUGGCUCAGAAGCAGUGUAUAAGAAUGAGAUAUCUUGUUAAAAAUGCCAAACUCGUGUCAGUCAUACAUCGUACAAUUGUAAAACACUGUCCAUAUUUGAAACCCUUGACUUGUUUAUUGAACAGGUUGAAUGACCCAUAUUUUGAUUGUAAUAGCCUUCUGGCAUACAGUUUUAUGGAUUGACAUUAUUGAUUUUUCAGAGUUUUAUAUUCGUGAUGAACCUGUAAGGAUCAUAUUGCACCUGAGAAAUGGGAGGGAAUUGGAAAUUAAAAGCCUUCAUCAGCACCAAAGCACCCAUAUCCCCUUGAAGGUUUUCUUGCAGAUUAUUAUACUUGUAGGUAAGUGAUAAAUCUAUAGGUAGUCAAACAUCACCCAUUCCUUGCUAAUCAAGUUUAUUUAAAAGUUAUUCUCUAAAUUCCACAAAGCAUCUUGAGUCAUAUACCUUCAUGUUUCUGAACAAGACUAGAGUGAAGGAAAUACAUACCAACACUGAUGAAAGGACAUUAGUGUGCACACACACUUAGAACACAUUUAUUGGAUAUGUAUGGACAUCGUGGUUUAGUAUGCUGUUUUGAUUAUAAUUAUUGGAUGUUUUAGUCCUGGGAUUUUGGUCACUCCAAAUGUUGAAAGAAUGAGAAAACAGUAUAUAGUGGAGACUGCAAGUCAUGGGUGAUGGUCAUGUGAAGUGUCACGUCUAACUGCAGUGUUGUGGUACUUGGAAAGCUGCUAUUCAGUGCUACUUUCCAGCUGCCACAUAUUUCAGUUAGAUGUGACACUUUGCAUGACCAUCACCCAUGACUCUGUCUCCACUAUAUAUACUGUUUUCUCAUUCCCUUUUAACAUUUGAAGUGACCAAAGUCCCAGGACUGCAACAUAUCCAAUAAUUAUCAUCAAAACAGCACACUAAACCACGAUGGCCAUACAUAUACAAUAAACGUGUUCCAAGUAUGUGUGUGUGAAUGCGCUAAUGUCCUUUCAUCAGUGUUGGUGUGUACUUCUUUCACUCUAGUCUUGUUCAGAAACAUGACAGUAUGUGAUUCAAGAUGCUUUGUGGAAUUAUUUUGGAGAAUAAAUAACUAUUAAAUAAACUUGAUUAGCAAGGAAUGGGUGUUUGUCUAUAGAUUUAUCAUUUGCCUAUGAGUAUAAUCUGCAAGGGGAUAUGGGUGCUUUGAUGCUGAUGAAGGCUCUUAAUCCAAGGGAUUAAGAGCCUUCAUCAAAUGUGGCUCUUCCCAAGUAGUGUAUAACUUUUUGAGUUGAAGCUUUAUUUUUGGUGUAAAUAAAACUAUAUAUGUAAUAAA